AUGAGAAGAUCGAAGUGGCUCCGGGGGCAGCUCUCCACACCCACGGGGUCUCCGCAUCUCACCACCGUCCACCGGCCACUGCCCCCCAGCCGCGUCAUUGAGGAGCUGCACAGAGCGCUGGCCACGAAGCACCGCCAGGACAGUUUUCAAGGAAGGGAAAGUAAAGGGUCUCCAAAGAAGCGAAUGGACAUCCGUCUGUCAAGAACAUCCAGCGUGGAGCGGGGCAAGGAGAGGGAGGAGGCUUGGAGCUUUGACCGGGCCUUGGAGAACAAGCGAACUGCCGCUAGGGAAUGCGAGGAGGACAAGGAGAACCUGAUCAUGAAUUCUGAACUCAAGGACGACUUGCUUCUGUAUCAGGACGAGGAGGCACUGAACGAUUCCAUUAUUUCUGGAACACUACCACGGAAAUGCAAGAAGGAGCUCCUGGCCGUGAAACUAAGGAACCGGCCCAGCAAACAGGAACUAGAAGACCGGAACAUUUUCCCCAGAAGGACUGAUGAAGAAAGACAGGAGAUCCGGCAGCAGAUCGAGAUGAAGCUCUCCAAGUAA